CCGGGGCUGAGCGGGGCGGGCCAGCGCCGGUGCCGCAGAGCCGCCGCGGCGGACAGAGGUGGCCAGGAUGGGCUCAGUGGGCGCCGAGCGCUUCAAGGAGCUGAGCCCAGCAGUGACACCCGAGGGGAACGUGGUGAUGAGCUUCAGCUUCGACAGCUACCAGCUGGAGGAGGACGAGCUGCAGCGGGGCAGCCAGGCCAAGGGUGUCCUCACCUUCAUGGAGCCAGUUUCUGAGGACCCUGAGCCCCAGGAUCGAUACCAUGGGAUUUAUUUUGCCAUGCUGCUGGCUGGGGUGGGAUUUCUGCUGCCCUACAACAGCUUUAUCACCGAUGUGGAUUACCUGCACCAUAAAUACCCAGGGACAUCCAUUGUCUUUGACAUGAGCCUCACCUACAUCCUGGUGGCCUUGGUGGCCGUCAUCCUCAACAACGCUCUGGUGGAGCUGCUGAGCUUGCACACGCGGAUCUCCGUGGGCUACCUCUUUGCCCUGGGGCCCCUGCUCUUCGUCAGCAUCUGCGACGUGUGGCUGGAGCUGUUCAGCCGCAGACAAGCCUACGCCAUCAACCUGGUGGCUGUCGGGGUGGUGGCCUUUGGCUGCACAGUGCAGCAAUCCAGCUUCUACGGCUACACGGGGCUGCUGCCCAAGCGCUACACGCAGGGAGUGAUGACGGGAGAGAGCACCGCCGGGGUCAUCAUCUCGCUCAGCCGCAUCUUCACCAAGCUGCUGCUGUCGGACGAGAAGGAGAACACCGUCAUCUUCUUCUUCAUCUCCAUCGGCAUGGAGCUGACGUGCUUCAUCCUGCACCUGCUGGUGAAGCGCACGCGCUUCGUGCGUUACUACACCGACAGCUCCCGCCAGGGCCUCCCCGAGAGCCGCGGGGCCGGCGAGCCCAGCUCCGGCUACCGCGUCCACCACGACGUCACCUCCGAGGACGUCAGAUUUGAAAACAGGGAGCAGGGGCAGCCGAGCUCCCCGCAGGGCAGUCCCGGCCCCGAAGCUGAGCUGGCUGGGAGUGGCACCUACAUGCGCUUCGAUGUGCCUCGGCCCAGGAUCAAGAGGAGCUGGCCCAGCUUCAGAGACAUGCUGCUCUACCGCUACGUCGUGUCCCGCCUCAUCUGGGCCUACAUGCUCUCCAUCGCCAUGACCUACUUCAUCACACUGUGCCUCUUUCCCGGGCUGGAGUCGGAGAUCCACAACUGCACGCUGGGGGAAUGGCUCCCCAUCCUCAUCAUGGCCAUCUUCAACCUCUCUGACUUCGUCGGCAAGAUCCUGGCUGCCCUGCCCUACGACUGGAGAGGGACCCACCUCCUCGUCUACUCCUGCCUCCGCGUGGUCUUCAUCCCCCUCUUCAUCAUGUGUGUCUACCCCAACGGGCAGCCCACCUUCGGCCACCCCGCCUGGCCCUGCAUCUUCUCCCUCCUCAUGGGCAUCACCAACGGCUACUUCGGCAGCGUGCCCAUGAUCCUGGCUGCAGGCAAAGUGAGCCCGGAGCAGCGGGAGCUGGCAGGGAACACCAUGACCGUGUCCUACAUGACGGGCCUGACGCUGGGCUCGGCCGUGGCCUAUUUCGCCUACAGCCUCACCAGUACCUCCCACAGCAGCUGUUUCUACACUGAAACCUCCAACGGCUCCUUUACUUUGGGCUACUGAGCCCUGGGGCGGGGCAAUGGGGACAGGAUGGGACCUGCUCCCCACCCUGGUCCCCAGCGCCCCACAUCCCUCCUCAAGGAGGGAGCCUGGAGCCUGAAAGCCACCCCAGCACGGACUAGGACUGGUAUCCUGUUGGCACAGGGCUGUGGCAUUCCCAAACGGCCUGUGCUGCCCAGCCAGGCACUGUGCAGGGCCACUGCUUGGGGUGACAUUCCUCCCACCCCAGGGGACAGUUCUUGUUGCUUUUGGGGGUCUCCCCAUCAGCAAUGUGCAGCUCUCCAGUGAAGGCUGGGGAUUCUUCUGUUUGCGCCAAGCCAUUGACAGGAGGAAGAAAAUACUGCCAAAUCCCAAAGGGAAAGGACCAGCACUGGGGAGGAGGGUGAUGGAGGGCUGGUGAGGAAGAAGAGGAGCUAAGAGAGGAAAGAAGCACUCCUUCAGUCCCCCGUGGCUCUGGGAAGGUGGGUUUCCACUUCCAUUGAUGGUGCUGCAGGUUUUCACCAGGAAUGGCUUGAAAUCACAGUCCCUCCCUAAGUAUGUGAAUCAUAUGGUUAGGGAAAAAAAGAUUUUUUUUUUUGAUUGUGUCUUGUUUUACCCCUCCUAACUGCAACAGAGGCAGGGUCUUGCCUCCCCCCACCCCACACUGUGAAUCUGCUCCAUUGCAAGGGGUACGGGGGGGGGGUCCCAAGGCUACAGCACUGCCAGUGCCACCUGCAGGCCACUGCUGAGCUGCAAGAUUUAUUGCACAGGAUGUAAGUGAAGCUGAUUAAAUAAUUAAAUGUCUUUGCAACA